AUGGGAGACGCAAACGGUUCCAAUGGCAGCUCUAACGGCAAUGGCACCAACGGCCAUUCAACCCGUCGUCCUCUCCUCCCCGGUAUCUACGCCCCAACCAUGACCUUCUUCCAACCCGAAAAUGAAGACCUCGACAUCCCAAUUAUCAAAAAACAUGCCAUCCGUCUCGCUGAAGCCGGUCUCGUUGGUCUCGUCACCAUGGGUUCAAAUGGUGAAGCCGUCCACCUCUCCCCCUCCGAGAAAACCGCCGUCACACGAGCAACCCGCGAAGCACUCGACUCAGCUGGUUUCACCCAAGUUCCCAUCAUCGUAGGUGCAACUGAAGGUUCCGUCCGAGGUACCAUCGCUUUGAUCGCCGAAUCCGCCAAAGCAGGUGGUGAUUACGUCCUUCUCCUCCCCCCAAGUUACUUCCGCGGCCUCAUGGACGAAGAUUCCGUCUACAACUACUUCACCCAAGUCGCAGAUGAAGCCGUCCUUCCUCUCAUCCUCUACAACUACCCUGGUGCCGUCGCCGGUAUCGACAUGGACUCCGACCUCCUCAUCCGUCUCGCCAAACACCCCAACAUCAUCGGCACCAAAUUCACAUGCGGCAACACCGGCAAACUCACCCGUGUCGCCCUCGCCACCGACGCCAAAACCCCAUUCUCAGAAGGCUCCGGCUACAUGGCAUUCGGCGGGAUGUGCGAUUUCACCGCGCAGACCCUCAUCUCUGGCGGCUCGGGGAUCAUCGCAGGCGGCGCAAACGUCAUGCCCAAAACGUGUGUCAAGAUCUGGAAUCUGUAUACCGAGGGCAAGAGGGACGAGGCGUUUGCCCUGCAGAAGGUGCUGAGCAAGGGGGAUUGGGUGCUGACGAAAGCGGCGAUUGCGGGGACCAAGAGCGCGAUUCAGAGUUAUUACGGCUAUGGCGGGUUCCCGAGGCGCCCGUUGAAGAGGCUGGAUGAGGUGAGGACGAAGGGGAUUAAGGAGGGGAUUGAUGAGGUUAUGAAGGUGGAGUUGGGGUUGUGA